AAAAAUUUAUACAAGAAGGAAGAAGUGUAUGAUUUGUUAAAGAAUGGCAACGGCGACUCAUUUUCACAGCAUUUAUCGGAAUUAUUCGCAAAUGGCCAAAUUGAUUUGUGUUUACAAUUGAUCUCACAAUUAUCAGUGGAGUGCUUGGACUACGAAAUCAAUGAAAUUUUAUUAACACAUCUCAAAAAACAGUUCAUCAUCAUGGGUUAUACAACUGUCUGUAAUUAUGUUGAGAAGUGGACUGAAUGUAUUUUUCAAAGUGCUUCUGGAAACAGGUUAAUUUUUUUCCCUUCGUGA